AUGACAAAAGUUUCGACAAACAGCAAGAAGAAAGGUGCUCAGAAGCAUCAAAAUACUUUUGCCUUUCACGCCAACAAGAAUUCCAAGAAAACCAAAAUAAUCAAUUCACUACCGAUAAAUGGAGUGUAUGUUGAGCAUAUUUUUUCGCUCGUUGCUUUAAUAAUCCAAACUAAUGAAAUUAUUACCAUUACUGCGCUUUGCGAACAAAGAUGUCAAAAAUGUAAAGACAUUAUCGAUUGGCGCAAAAAAUUUAAAAAGUACAAGCCGCUGACGACCCCCAAACGCUGUGUCGGCUGCGAAGAGAAGACAGUCAAAGAAGCGUAUCACAUAUUGUGCAAUAAAUGUACCAGCGAAAAGGGGGUAUGCGCAAAGUGCCAAGAGGUUGCCCAAAUAACACCGAGCGGCACGAAAAGUGACAAGGAAUUGUUGCAAGAGCAACAGGAACUUGAAAGGAUAUUAUCGACACUGCCGGAGCGCAGGAGGAGGUCAUACCUUCGAAGAUUAGAACGCGGCGAGGCACCGCCACUAAGCAGUCUGGUCAAGGAAGGGAACAAGGAAGAUGACAUUGACGAAGAGGAGGAAGACGACGAGGACUUUAAUGACGAGGAGAAUGACAGCGAGGAUGAUUAG